GGAGGAGCUCUGGACGCUGUUCUGGUCUACCAGAAAGCGGGCUCACGGUACUCCAAAGGCUGGGCGAAAACGGAAGUCGCCAUCAGCGGUGCAAACUUGGUUGCGGCUCCAAAGGCUAUCUUCGCAGCGACCGAUUUGCGUUUGGGCGGAAAUCGGGUCGUACUCUCAAUGUCGCAGAAUGGCAAGAACAGAUUUAG